AUGCCCGCGGCCGGUGCGGAGGAGCUUCCGCCAUGCGUGCUGCUGCGCAACUGCACCAUCGUGCAGGCGGGCGGCGCGGGGGUCGUUGCUGACGUGGACGUGCGCGCGGCGCAGCACGUGCUGGUUCACGGCAACCGAAUCGCGUUCGUCGGCGACGCGCUGCCGUCCGACCUGCUUGCGUCGUUGACGGCGUCGCGGCCGCCAGUGGUGAGCCUCUUCGUGUUGCGCUCCCCUCCAUGCCGCGCCUCCCCUCCCCGCCGCGCCUCCCCUCGCCGCCGCGUCUCCCCUCCCCGCUGCGCCUCCCUCGCUGCCGCACCUGCGCCGCCGCACACGCACCUGCCAGCGCUGAAGGCCCAGCGGGAGAUCGAUCUGGCAGGGCGCUAUCUGCUCCCCGGGCUGUGCGACGCGCACGUGCACGUCACAGCGGCGGCCUCCGCGGAUCUGCACGCGCUGGCGGCGCUGCCCGUGUCGCUGGUGGCGUGCUGCGCUGCCAGGGGGCUGCACGCCAUGCUCAUGCGGGGGUUCACCACCGUGCGCGAUGCUGGGGUAUGCGACCAGGGGCUGGCUCAGGCAGUGGAGGAAGGCACGGUGCAGGUCCCGCGCAUCCUCAUCUCAGGCCAUGCGCUCUCCGAGACGGGCGGCCACGGGGACAUGCGCAAGCCCUCCCACGACACUCUCCCCGUCGCCGCCCCCUCCUCCUUCUCCCUCUGCGCCUGUUCUGCCGCUGCCUCUGCUGUCGGCGGCCUGGGCAUCGGCCGUGUCUGCGACGGCGAGCCGGAGGUUCGGCGGGUGGUUCGGGAGGAGCUUCGGCGGGGCGCUCGGCAGAUCAAGGUGAUGGCAUCUGGCGGCGUAUCAUCACCGUCGGAUCACGUGGAGAGCGUGCAGUUCUCAGAGGGGGAGUUGCGGGCAGCAGUGGAGGAGGCAGAGGCGCAGGGGACUUAUGUGAUGGCGCAUGCUUACACUGCUCGUGCGAUCAAGAGGGCGGUGGCAUGUGGUGUGCGCAGCAUUGAGCAUGGCAAUAUGCUGGACGAGGAAGCAGCCCACCUCAUGCUGCAGAGAGGAAGCUUCCUGGUGCCCACGCUGGUGACAUACGAGCGGAUCAAGCAGGCGGGGCAGCAGAGCGGCAUGGACGGCAGCAUCGUUGCCAAGGUGCAGGACCUGCUAGAGCGGGGGCUUGAAGCCGUGGCACUGGCUGAAAGAAAGGGCGUGCCCUUAGUCUUUGGCUCGGACCUCCUGGGACCCAUGCAGUCGCACCAGCUGCAGGAGUUCGUCAUCCGCAGCCAAGUGCAAUCACCAGCAUCUAUUCUUCGGUCUGCUACAACCGCUGCCGCACGACUCUUUAAAAUGGAAGGACAAAUUGGGGUUGUGGCUGUUGGUGCGCUUGCAGAUUUGAUUGUGCUGGAUGGCAAUCCGUUGGAAGACAUAACAAUAUUGACUGGUCCGAAUAGCUUGAAGCUGAUUAUGAAGGAUGGGACCGUAUUUAAAAGGGAUAUUUGA